UCAAUAAUCUAUUCACUAAUAAAUAAAUCUUAACAUGUUGAUAACAUCCUUAUCUUGUGAGGAAUAUAUUUCUGCUGUUAGCUAUAGCAUUCUGCCCUCACAGAACUGAUGUUUCAUUUUUUACUUGCUUUCUUCAUCUUCAAGAUAUCUCAGGCUUUCAGAUUAAAUUCACAAUAGACUUCCCAAAUUGGAUCUAUUAUUUGAAAAUUUUUCCAGAUAUUUUUUAUUUGUUUGAAACUUUUUGUGUUAAUUCUUCCUGAAGUAAACUAUGCCUGUUGCUCAAAGCAUCUCAGAUGUUGACCCCAGUGUAUUUGAAGGCCUGCAGUCUGAGGAGGAUCAAAUCUGCACUGUAGAAGCAACCACACCAACUGGCUUGGAAGAUGUUUGUGCUGAGGAAGCCCAAGAGAAGCUUGGCGUCAAGGCCCACACAUCCACAGGCAGAGCGUUUUUUGAUGUGCCAAUCAGCAAACUUUCAGAGGUUCUCAAGUUGCAUUCUGCUGAGAAUGUUAAUGUGGUGGUGCACAUGCAAACAAGCUUUCCCUUUACUAGCAUCAGGGAAGAUUGCUUCUCUGCUCUAUACUCAUUGGUUGAGCGUCCGCUCUGGCGCAAGGGCAUGAGAGCCUGGCAGCAUGUUUUUGAGCCUCUGGAGAGUGACCCAUUUGCAUGUGAUAUGCCUCUCUGCCAAGCCUAUCAGGAGCCCAACCCUGUACUGGACCUGAGACUUCUGAAGAAGGGCUCACCUGUUGCCCUCAACCUCCCCGAUAACAUAAGGCAGCUCAGAGAGCAACAUGCUCAAGCCUACAUCAAUGAUAAGACCAAGUGCAAAAAAGAUGCAGGACUUGCAGAGAAAACACCUCCUGAAGAUAUAGAAGUUCAAGUGACUUCAUCUGACUGUUCAAGUACUGUUGCUUCUGCAUCCAAUAAAUUGUCGUCAGGUUUUGGUGACGAGUCUCUUAUCAACUCUCUUGAUGGAUGUAAAAUUGUCGGUCAUAAUUCAACUACCAUGCUAAAUUCUGAGGACCAAUUACAAUGCUCUACCAAAACACCGGGAACAAUUGACACUGACAGCAAUGGUGCGAAUGCUGUUUUAACAAAUACUACAGACGACGAUCAUUUUCGUACGCACGGUCACCAGAGUUUAAAGCAAGCAGGUCAAAGUUCAGUGGAAGGAAACUCUCAUCCAAAUUCAUUCAUGACCGACGCAGAGGUAACUAGCCCACCACCUCGGACCACCUCUCGAGAUAAUAGCUCUGGUCCAAGCUUCAGAGUUUGUUGUAACAGGUCUGGUACGGAGCACGUGUUUGGUUCUCCGGAAGCCGCGCGUCAGUUAGGAGCUGCGCUCAACGAUCGCUUUAGAUGGCCUGUGAAACUCAAGGACUUCCUGGUGGAGGUUAUCCUUAACAUCGCUGAUAAUUUUGUGUACGUGUGCCUGGCGCUGACGAGGGAGCCUCUAUACCGUCGCAACCUUGUCUGCUUCGGCCCCACGAACCUGCGAGCGACGCUGUGCUACGCUCUACUGCACCUCGCCGCGCCGCAGCCCGGCGACCUCGUGCUCGACCACAUGUGUGGCGGCGCCUCCAUCACCAUUGAGGGUGCGCUGUGCUUCCCCGCUUGUUACCACGUAGGCGGGGAGCUGCACAGCAAGGCUGUGGACCGCGCGGCCACCAACCUGCAGCACGCAGAACUGACGAGGGGCGUGGCUCUGCCUGCUGGGCUGCUGCGCUGGGACGCUACCAAAAUACCCUUCAGAGACAGCUGUGCUGACGUGAUCGUGUCAGACCUGCCCUUCGGUAAGCGCUCUGGCAAGAAGGCAGACAACCGCUCGCUGUAUCUCCUGGCACUGCAAGAGACUGCCAGAGUGACGCGGCCUGGUACUGGCAGAGCUGUGCUUCUCACACACGACCGCAACAGUCUCAUUAAGAACUUGGCUCACGUCCGCGAGUACUGGCGCAACCCGUCGGUGCGGACCAUCAACAUCGGCGGUCUACAUGCCGGAGUCUUCUUCCUACUCCGGACCGCGGCGCUCUACAAGAAGCCUUCCACGCUACCUCGCUGUUAUCAUAGCCUUGGUCACGGAUCAUAGCCUUGUUAUAAAACUCUACCUAAGCUGCUGAUCGUCUAACGGUAUCUGUGAAUGUCAUGAAAAUUACAAUAGAAUUGAAUUAUGAAUAGAUUGUAAGAACUGGA